CAUCGGAAGUGCUUCUUGCGCGACGUCACGCCGACAUCAAUAGUAAACAGAAAGCGCAGCAGCGGGGACGCGAGACGUCCGCGCCGAGGAUGAUCGAGGGUUGCGGCCGUUCCUCCGUGUGCGCGCCUGCUGUCACGAUCCGCCAAGGGAGCUGAACUGCAUCUGAAGUGGACGUAAUGGCGACGGGCGGCGGUACGGCUAAUAACGCCGGGGGAGAAGCGUCCAACCUCUCGCGUUCCACGGGUGGGAGAGGUGCGGCCGCCGCGGUCACAGCCGCGCCGCUUUGUCCCCCGGUAAUGGGCCUGCACCGAGAGCCCAUGUACAACUGGCAGGCCACCAAGAGCUCAGUGAAGGAGCGCUUCGCGUUCCUCUUUAACAACGAGCUGCUGAGCGACGUGAGGUUUGUCGUGGGCAAAGGCCGGCUGGCCCAGCGCAUCCCGGCGCACAAAUUCGUGCUGGCAGCUGGAAGUGCCGUCUUUGACGCCAUGUUCAACGGGGGUAUGGCCACCACGUCUGCGGAGAUCGAGCUUCCAGACGUGGAGCCAGCGGCGUUCCUCGCUUUGCUCAGGUUUCUCUACUCGGAUGAAGCGCACAUCGGUCCGGAAAUGGUGAUGACCACCCUGUACACCGCGAAAAAGUACGCGGUGCCGGCCCUGGAGGCGCACUGCGUGGACUUCCUUACCAAGCACCUGCGCGCGGACAACGCCUUUCUGCUGCUGACACAGGCCAGACUAUUUGAUGAGCCCCAAUUGGCCAGUCUGUGUCUGGACACCAUUGAUAAAAGCACAGCUGAUGCCCUCAAUGCCGACUGCUUCACUGACAUCGACUUGGACACGCUGUGCGCCGUGCUGGAGAGGGACACGCUGGGCAUUCGGGAGAGCCGGCUCUUCGGCGCCGUGGUGCGCUGGGCAGAUGCCGAAUGCCACAGGCAGCAGCUUCCACUAACUCCAGAGAACAAACAGAAAGUUCUGGGGAAAGCAAUGUCGCUCAUACGCUUCCCACUGAUGACUGUGGAGGAGUUUGCGGCAGGGCCUGCCCAGUCUGGAAUAUUGUUUGAUCGGGAGGUGGUAAAUCUGUUUUUACACUUUACAGUAAACCCCAAACCCCGCGUUGACUACAUUGACAGGCCAAGGUGUUGUCUCAGGGGACAGGAACGCAGCAUUUGUAGGUUUCAGCAGGUAGAGAGUCGAUGGGGGUACAGCGGAACCAGUGACAGAAUUAGGUUCAAUGUAAAUAGACGUAUAUCAAUAGUGGGGUUUGGACUUUAUGGUUCUAUUCACGGACCAACGGACUAUCAGGUCAAUAUUCAGAUAAUUGAGACUGACAAAGGCCAGAUGAUUGGGCAGAAUGACACAGGAUUCAGUUGCGAUGGCACAGCAAACACGUUCAGGGUGAUGUUCAGGGAGCCCAUCGAGAUCCUACCCAACGUGAGCUACACUGCUUGUGCUACUCUGAAGGGUCCAGAUUCUCACUAUGGCACAAAGGGGUUAAAGAAGGUGGUUCAGGAAACAUCACCGGGGACCAAGACAACAUUUUUCUUCUUCAGUUCCCCAGGGAAUAAUAAUGGUACAUCAGUGGAGGAUGGGCAAAUACCUGAAAUUAUUUUCUAUACCUAAAGCCCUGGGCUUUGCCGUCCUGAGUGUUAAGAUGGAAUGCUAGUAAUGCGACACGGAAGACGACUGCUCGCCGUUGGAUGUUGCCAAGGAGAUUUGACAUUGACACUACAUCGAUUUUGGAUUUCACAGUGUGUUGGCGUUCACUCCAUGAAUGUGACUUAAGAUGGUGUUCGCCAGAUGCUGAUAGAGCUGCAUUUCAGAAUGCUAUACAUACGACAAACACAAGCAACUGUUAGCUAGUAUGUAAAUAGCAUAAAAGGUUCAGUGAUGUUUGGGGUUCGGUUGUCACUGUACCGGUACUUGUUCUCCCAUCGUUUGGUAUCAGCUGUGUAAUUUACAGCAAUUACGAGAGAGUCCGGCACCUUGUUGAGCGGUCUCUCAUUUUACAUUGAUACCUGGAAUGCAGCCUCCCGAACCAGGCUGCAGUUUACUUUGUAUCUUAUUGCAUAGGCAAAUAUAUGUGCAUCAAGAAAAUUAUAUGUGCACUUAAAUCUUUAAGUUCUAUAUCUUAAUUAACAGAGAAGAAAGCACUCCUAAAUAUACAUACAAUCCCGGUCAGCGUGGCGAGGACCUUCAGAAUAUGUUUAAAUAACACCAUGCACUCCCAAAUGCAUCGACGUUGUAAUACAAAAAGAAACUCAUUCUGGACGCAUUUUUAUUUCCUCCAACUAUUAUAAUUCAUAGGGCCAGUAUUUCGGUCCGAAUCUUAAAGGUGCACUUGCCCGUUGAAGAAAAAAAAUUCUUGUUGUUGAUGCACUGUUCUUUCUAAAAUGAAAAUACAAAUAUAGACGUCGACAAAAUAAGCUCUACAGCUUUUUCAGGAAUUUCGAUUGUUAGAUAUAUGUAUGGAUUAUUUUUAAAACAAAAAUGUUCUUGUUUUA